AUUAUCGCAGCUUUAUCUGACCUGCAACAAUAUUUCAAAGAUUUGGAGCAGAUUAGCAUCAUUGAAACUAGCGUCGUUUCAUGCAAAUAUGAGCGCAAUCAUACUUCUUGUCUUUUGUUUUAUAACGC